GUCAAAGCCAGACCUGAUCAUGUUUUUGGAGCAAGAGAAGCAGCUCUGGGAUGUGAAGAGAAAGGAGACUGGAGGCUUCCAUCCAGGCAUAUCUUCACAUGACACCCAGAACUUCCUGCAAAAGCCAAGCAUAGGGGCUUCUUUCUAAAAAGUGACAAUGAGUAGAUACAAAAAUAGCGCCCUUGAAUAUGUAUACUUAAUGACAGACCGGGACGGUGAUAGGGAGAGGGAAGGGCAUCAAAGAUACCAUGAAGGAUAUAGCCCAUCUGAGGCAACGGCGUCUAAUAAGACUCAAAAUGACCCGAAUAGUGAAGGAUAUAAAACAUUGUGGAAAACCUCCCUUUUUAAGUCAGCUGCUUCCACAAAGCAGUGUGUUUCUGUCAGCAAAAGCUCCAAUCAAGUAUUCCAACGUAGCUCUUUGUGGAAAGACAGUUUGGACAAUCUAGAAAGUUAUCUAGACCGUGCUGAAAACAAUGAUUGGAACCAUUUUCAAAACGGGAUUGGAUUGACCUUUCCAUCAGAUACUUCUGAAAAUCAGAGAUUGAAUAAUGAAGAACAGAGUGCUAAGCGGAAUCUAUAUGAGAGGGGCUCCACUGAGGAGUCGACCCUCCGGAAUGACCAGAGCCCUUCCAAUGGAGACAGCAUUGCUCAGUGCCCUGAAUCUGAGAAAACACUUCACCAGGGCUGCAGUGUUCAGAGACAUGUGAGGACUCAGUUUUCAGAGAACCAGUAUGAAUGUUAUAAAUGUGGGGAAGUCUUUCAUCAGAGGUCUAACCUUAUUACACAUGAGAGUAUCCAUUUGGGAGAAAAUCCUGAUGAAUCCAGUCAGUGUGAGAAUGGUCCUCAGCAGUCCUCCAUUAUUGGUGAUCAUCAGAGAAUUCAUGAGGCCAAAAACCCAUUCAGAUAUGCUAAACGUGGUCCCACAUAUAGGCAGUCAUCAAGACUAAGUAGAAAUAAGAUGAUCCCUAGUGGAGAGAAAACACAUUUUAAGGGACGUGGUAAAGUCUUUGACUGGCACUCAACCCGAUCUCAGCAUCAGCAAAUGAAUACUGAAGUGAAAUCAUACAAAUGUGAAGAAUGUAAAACCUUUAAGUACUGCUCAUCCCUAAGGAAACAUAGGCAAAUCCAUACUGGAAAGAAACUCUACAAAUGUAAAGAGUGUGGCAAAGUUUUUAAAAUUCGCUCAACACUUACUCAACAUCACAGAAUUCAUACUGGAGAGAAACCUUACAAAUGUAAGGAAUGUGCUAGGUCCUUUAACCAGCUGGCAUACCUUACUCGACAUCACAGAGUUCAUACUGGAGAGAAGCCUUACAAAUGUCAAGAAUGUGACAAAGCCUUUUACCAGAGUUCAUUGCUUAAUGCACAUCACCGAAUUCAUACUGGAGAGAAAUCUUACAAAUGUAAGGAAUGUGGCAAGGCCUUUAACAAGUGUUCAUGACUUACUUGACAUCACAGAGUUCAUACUGGAGAGAAACCUUACAAAUGUCAGGAAUGUGACAAGGCCUUUAAGGGUCACUCAACCCUUAGUAAUCAUCUCAGAUUUCAUACUGGAGAGAAACCUUACAAAUGUCAAGAAUGUGGCAGGGCCUUUCACCGGAGCUCAUUGCUUACUGUGCAUCACAGAAUUCAUACUGGAGAGAAACCUUACAAAUGUAAGGAAUGUGGUAAGGCCUUUAGCCGAACUUCAGCCCUUACUCAACAUCACCGAAUUCAUACUGGAGAGAAGCCUUACCAAUGUCAAGAAUGCGGCAAAGCCUUUAGCCGGCCUUCACAACUUACUCAACAUCACCAAAUUCAUACUGGAGAGAGAUCUUACCAAUGUCAAGAGUGUGGCAAGGCCUUUAGCUGGCCUUUUGACCUUACUUGGCAUCCCCGAAUUCAUACUGGAGAUCAACCUUACCAAUGCCAAGAAUGUGGCAAAGCCUUUAACAAGUGCUCACACCUUGAUCAGCAUCACAGAAUUCAUACUGGAGAGAAACCUUACAAAUGUGAAGAAUGUGGCAAGGCCUUUUACCGGUGCUCACACCUUACUAACCAUCAUAGAAGUCAUACUGGCAAGAAAGUUUAAAAAUGUAAAGACUAGGAGUAAGGACUGUAAAACCCUUACAUCACAGACCUUUCAUCCAAUGUAACUGGAGAAUAACUAUACACAUCUAAAGAAGUCCACCCUCUCUCUCUCCUGAAACUCACAACAUCAUAGUUAUCAUAUGAGAGCAACAUCGUAAAAUGUGAUGAAUGUGGUGAAACCUUUUACUGGAAUUCAGUCUAUACUCCGUGUCCCAAUAUGCACACUAGGUUCAAACCCUAGAAACAUGAUGAUUGUGGAAAGACCCUCAUUUUAAUAUACACGUUUGCAAAUAAAGUGCUAAAGAAGGUAAAUUGAAUCAUACAAAUAAUUAGAAAACUCUGUGAUUGAACAUCUAAUGUCAAUAAAUGUCACAGAUAUCACAUAAAAGGAGUGUAUCAGUCCCUCUAUUCAGACAGUACUCGUUAGUCCCAAGGAAAAAGAUCAAGUUAAACACUUGGAAAGUGCAUAUGCUGUUACGUUGGAAAGAUUCAGUGGGGGAGUUUUUACAAGGGUACGAUUAGUUUCGAUGUGCUUUUUGUUAUAUUGAUCCUUUUGAGGUUUGUGACCAACAAAUAUUAAUGUACUUUAUUCUCAAAUCACCUCUGGAGAUUGAGUUACUCGUACUGGAUGUAUGAAUCCGUGAGCCUGAUUUUAGCUCCGUCAAUGGCAUUCGAUGCCCUGCUGCACUCGGGGGGACUCACGCAUCCCAGAUUUUCCUCGGAAGGUGAGAACUGUGUAAUACACAACGUGAACGAAGAAAAUCUAAAUGGAGACACUGCUUAGGGUUAUAGCAUUGAUGUAAGUUGCCAUGAAAUAGGUGUUCAGAACAGUAUUUUUCUCCAUUUCCUAAAAUUAAAGAACUUCCUUAAUAUUAGACAUACACGGUUUUCCUGAUUGCUCUUUAAGGAAAAAAAGGUGGUGCACCGGUUAACUACUGAUGUAUCUUCGUAAUAGCGAUCUUUAGAGAAUAGGAGUGGAUGUGGUUGAAAUGAAGAAAUCCUCCCCGAUAACAGAAAGAGGUCAUCUAACUCUUCCCUACCAUGCCAUAUAGCUGGACAUACACAUCUGUUGGGACUGACAGUAGCACUGGAACUUAAGGAGGUCAC